AUGGGAAUCCUCCUCUCGACCUGUGCUGCUCAGGGCGUGUGUGAAGCCUCCACAUGCGCCCUUGGCCUCGGCACCCGCUGCUGCUGCGCCACACUCUCCAAGUCGACACGGUCACGGGUGACAUACCUCGGACUCUUCCUUGUGCUCUCGUUUGUGUCAUGGGUACUCUCCAACUGGGCAGCCGUGGUACUGCCCUUUGUUCCUGUUCUCAAGAACCUCCCUUGGCAUCUGGGAGGUGCGUCAGCUGUGACUCGGGUCAUGGCCGCGCUGGCGGCUUUCCAUCUCGGUAUGGCUGGCAUUCUUAUCGGCGUCAAGGAGAAGAACUCGGCGAGGGCCUCGGUGCAGAACUCGUUCUGGAUCGUCAAGUUUGCUCUUGUCGCCCUUCUCAUCUUUGCCUUUUUCUCCAUCCCUAAUGAUGGCCUUGCCGCCCUGGGGUGGAUCGCCUUUACCGGGGCGACGCUCUUCCUCCUCCUGCAGAUUCUCCUGCUCAUCACCUUUGCUGCUUCUUGGAACGAGUCGUGGGCCGACAAGUGGGAGGCCGACGACCCGAACGGCUGGUACUGCGCCCACCUCUCGUCGACGCUUGGGCUCUUUGUCUUUACCUUUGCCGUCUCGAUCGCCAUGUACGUGCUCUACGUCUCGCAGUGCCCGCUCAACUCGCUCUUCAUCACCGUCAACAUCCUGGCCUCGCUCGCCAACGCCUUUAUCUCGCUCCUCCCCGCCGUCCGCGAGAAGACGCCCAACUCGGGUCUGCUGCAGGCCGGCGUUAUUGCCGAACGCCGCGGCCUGCACCUUCAAGUCGGACGCGCCGCCGCAGCCCGCCGGCGCGUCGGCCUCGCAGAUGUCGUCGCUCAUUUUGGCGUCCUCUUCUCCAUCGCUGCCGUCUGCUACUCGGCCAUCCGCCUCUCGGUCUCGGACUCGGACAUCGAGGGCCUCUUUAUCCGCGAUGGCGACAACGACGACGACACCACUGUUCUUCUGCUUGACGAUUAUGAUGGUGCGGCCUCGGACGCCGAUGCUGACGCUAACGCUGACGCUGACGCUGACGCUGACGCUGACGCUAAUACUGACGCUACCGCCAAGUCCAAGGCCAAGGAUGAAGAGGCUGGCAGCGCCGACGAUGUCGAUGCCGCCUGCGCCUACAACUAUUCGUUCUUCCACCUCACCUUUGCGCUUGCCGCCUUUUACAUGUGCAUGCUGCUGAGCAACUGGAUGGUGCUCUCGCACGCUGACAACGCCUCGUCGGGCCUCCGGGUCAACUCGGGUUCCGCCGCCGUCUGGGUCAAGGUUGUCACCUCGUGGGUCACCCACGCCCUCUACGCCUGGUCACUCAUGGCCCCUGUUCUCUUCCCCACCCGCGAGUUCGCCUGA